AAUUCCCCAGCUGGCAGCGUAGGGCUGGACUUGUGAGAUAACAGAAGAGAGAAACGAAACUGAAAUUCUGACAUCCGCCUUCUUUCUAUAUAAGCCGAGGGCUGGAAGAGCAAGAACACAGACUCCAACACUGCAGUAGAUGCAUGUGAUUGGGUAGGAUUGAUUUCAUAGCAGGAAUCUCCAGGAAAGAACAAGUCGUUUUCACAGCGUUCCAUACACAGUAAAACGCAACCAUGCAGCACGACGACAGCGACGAAAUCCAUAGAUACAUGAUCGUGAUCUUCACGUCUCGGCUGUGCGAGCUCAUCCAGGUGGUGCCGGUACUGGACAACAUGCAUGGUUUGGAUCAGGAGUUCAAGGAAGAAUUAAGAGCCAAAGCAGCUAACAAUGGGAACACGGCUGCAGCCAGAAUGCUUCUGGAUCGGAUGAUAUCGGGGCCCAGGUGGCGCGGAUGGUUUGCAGAGUUUGUCACUGCUCUCAGGCUGGCCGAAAAUACCGGAGCUGAACUGUACCUGAACCCCGAAAACCUACCGGCCCCCGAGCAUGAGGUCAAAUAUGACACCUGUCUGGAGCUGAUUUCUUUACUAUCUCACCAGCUACUCGAAAAGCUGGAACCUAAGGAGACGGCCGAAAAGUGUUUUAGUGAAGGAAUAUGCAGCAGGGAGGAUUUGGACAUUAUAAAUGCAAAACAAGGGGCCUAUGACGCCAACAGGGAACUUCUCAGCAGGAUUACCAAGAAGAAGGACUGGUUUAAAGAUUUUGUUGGUGUUUUACAAGAACUGGAAAAGAAAGAGCUCAUUAAAGAGUUAACAGGAGGCACAUAUGAAGAAUUUAUAGAUGGGAUUACAGAAAUGGAUGAUGUCUAUGAAAAUCAUAAAAACAGUGGAAAAAGUGAAGUGACAGGUCAGCAGAACGACAGCUAUCAUGUGACCACGUACUCAGAAAGUUCUAGUCAGUUAGGUUUGGAUGCGAAUGUAAACAAGUCAACCGAAAACCAUGACUGCUGCAGGGAAUCAGAUCUGAAGGCAAGUUUAGACAAAUCAACCGAAAACCAUGACUGCUCCAGGGAAUCAGAAAACGAUGAUGACGGUAUGAGCAACGACCGAGCCUCUCCGGUUCCUGAGAUGACACUUCGAGAUUACCAGAUGGAAGUGGCCAGACCAGCCUUAGAUGGAGAGAAUAUUAUCAUAUGCUUGCCUACAGGAAGUGGGAAAACCAGGGUGGCGGUGUACAUAGCGAGGAACCACCUGGAUGAAAGGAAGAAGAGAGGCUUACCUGCAAAAGUGAUUGUCUUGGUCAAUAAGGUGCCUUUGGUUGACCAGCAUUAUCACAAAGAGUUUCAUCCAUACAUGAGGGAUCGCUAUUGUGUUAAUAAAAUAAGUGGAGAUUCCCAGUUGAAGAUCUCAUUCCCUAAUGCGGUGGAGAAGAGCGAUGUUAUUAUCUGCACGGCCCAGAUACUGGAAAACUCCUUAAUGCGGGCAGAAGAUGAUGAAGAUGAAGGGGUCGAACUUUCUGAUUUUUCCCUCCUCAUCAUUGAUGAAUGUCACCACACUCAGAAGGGCGCAGUCUAUAAUAGUAUUAUGAUUCGUUAUAUACAACAGAAGAAAGAGAAUAAAAAAAUGCAUAAGUUGCAAGAGCCAGUGGUCCCACUCCCCCAGAUUCUGGGACUGACAGCAUCACCAGGCGUGGGGGGAGCCAAAAAUCUGAAAAAAGCUGAGGAGCACAUCUUAAAAAUAUGUGCCAACCUUGACUCCAAGAUAAAGACAGUACAAGAAAAUAUUUCUCAGUUAAAGAACCAAAUGAAAGAUCCAAAAAAGAAGGUUGAGAUAGCAGAAGAUAAUGAUAAGAGCCCAUUUGGUGAUAAGAUUAAAGAGUUGAUGAAAAGUAUUGAAAAGUUUAGUGGUUUGAACCCGCAAAAUGAACAUGGAUCCCAAUCUUAUGAACAGUGGGUUGUCCAGACAGAAAAGACAGCUGCCCAGGAAGGGAAUCGUAAGCAGCAUGUCUGUGCUCAGCAUCUGAAGAAGUACAAUGACGCGCUGCAGAUCUAUGACACAAUCCGCAUGAAUGACGCAUUAACCCAUCUUAAGAAAUUCUAUAAUGAUGAGAAGAAGAGGGCACUAAUCCUCAAUGAGUCUGAGGCAUCCUCUCUGUUUGAAAAGAUGGAUGAGACUGAUAAAUUCUUGGCUGAAUUGUUCUUUGAACACAAGAAAGCACUGAAGCAAUUGGCUGGAAAAGAGGAGUAUGAAAAUAAUAAACUUGCUAAAUUAAGAAGAUCCCUUAUGGAAGAGUUUACCGGAAAUUGCGAGGCAAGAGGAAUUGUAUUCACCAAGACACGGCAAAGUGCUGUCGCUUUGUGUCAGUGGAUCGAUGAAAAUGAAAAGUUCAAAGAAGUGGGAAUCCGGGCACAUUAUAUAAUUGGAGCAGGGAACAACAGUGACUUCAAAUCCAUGACUCAGAAUGAACAAAAGAAAGUAAUUCAUAAAUUUAGCACUGGAGAACUCAACCUGCUGAUCGCAACAAGUGUGGCCGAGGAGGGUUUGGAUAUCACGGAGUGCAACAUAGUUAUCCUUUAUGGUUUAACAACCAAUGAAAUAGCAAUGGUGCAGGCCCGUGGUCGAGCAAGAGCUGCAGAAAGUUCUUUUGUAUUAGUGGCUUCUAGGUUAUCUGGAGCUGCUGAGCAUGACGAUGUUAAUGUUUAUAAAGAAGGCUUGAUGCAUAAAGCUAUUCAAAAAGUACAGAAGAUGGACCCCAAACUAUUUUCGGAAAAGAUCCAGAUGUUUCAGAAGCAAACCAUUGCUGAGAGAAAAGUAAAGAAGAAGAAGGAAUUGCUGAAAAAUUACCAAAAGAACCCAUCCAAAGUGACCUUUCUGUGCAAGAAGUGUCAUACACUAGUUUGUUCUGAAGCUGACAUUCAGGUGAUAGAAGACAUGCAUCACGUUGUUCGGGACCCAGAGUUCAAAAAUCGCUACAAAAAGGGAGAAAACAAGAAUCUUCAGGAAAAGUUUGCAGGUUACCAAGCAAAUGGCGAAAUCAUUUGCAAUGAAUGUGCUCGGCCGUGGGGAAAAAUUAUGGUAUAUAAAAGCAUUGAGCUUCCCUGCCUGAACAUCUGUAACUUUGUCAUCAAAUAUGAGAAAGAGCCAUUGACCAAGAGCACUCUGGACGCUUGGAGAGAUCUCCCAAUAAAGUUCCAACCAUUCAGUUAUCUGACUGAUGACAGCGACGAUGAAUAAAUGCAACAUUUUACCAGAACAUAGAACUACUAAGACUUGGUGCUGGAACACGUCCACUUGUCUACUACUGGGACUCAUCCUAUAGGAUUGUUAUAUAAAUUGAUAAUUCUGGAUUCCUCUAAGUGAUGUUGAAAUGAUUGGGAGAAGGGAGCCUAUUCUGUAAAUAGCCACAUGAAUAUACAUGAAUACAAAGAAUUCCUGUGUUCCCAUUGACAAAUGUUCAUGAUAUUUAAUAUGGCACUAACCACAAUUUCUGGUAAUAGGAUCACGAUUAAUAAAAUAAACCUUCAUCAGCCUCGUAUUUAAAAUCUAUCCUGAUAUAUAAGAAAUUGUGAUGGAAUAUUGUAUUAAAUGAAUAAUAAAUUUGAUCUUUGAUCUGUUUACAAUUUUGCCCAGGGAGCAAAUUCAUUGUACUGUGUAUAAAAUUGAGCUAAAACACUAUUUUACUAAAUUGUUUUAAUAAACCAAUACAACAAA